AUGCGGCUUCAAGCAGCCCUCAUCCUGCUGGCCUCUGCCGUGCCGUCUUCCCUGGCAAUUUUCGCGGACGAAGCCUACCACAUCGAUUACCACCACGCCUUGCUUGGAACUCCCCAGGAACACUCGACUUUCUUCCACAAACCCAGCACCUCCUCCGAUGCCUCAUUACUCUACACGCUUUCCGAAAAAUAUGUCCUGGGCGCCGUAAAUCCGAAAGAUGGCGCGAUUGUCUGGCGGCAGAACCUGGCAACAGCCGCCGCGACGUAUGAUGAGCUUCGACUACCAUUGUUGCUAAGAGGUGUUGAAGGUGAGGAUACAGUGGUCAGCGCAAUUGGUGGUAAGGUGGCUUCAUGGGGCGCAUUGGAUGGGAAGCUAGCGUGGGAGAAUGAGUUUCACGAUGGUCCGGUUAUCGAUUUGGAGACCCUUGCCCUGGAUGAGUCCGUGGACCAGAAGCAGGCUAUGAAGGAUUCAAUAGUGCUUUUUGGAGAGAAACCGGGCAUUGUUAGACGGCUUGAUGGCGCAUCGGGAAAUGCUAAGUGGGAAUACAAAGACGAUAGUGAUGACAUCCCAUUCCAAGUGUCGAGUUCCCAAACGGCUGUUUACUAUAUUUCCUUGCAAUCUGCGAUGCGGAAGGGAUAUAAAAUCAGAGUUACUACGCUAGAUUUGAAGACGGGACACCAGACUAACCAGUAUACCCUGAGCUCGGAGGGAGAGGUUUCUUCUACCGAAUCUAUUGUCUUCGUCGGAGCCAAUUCGAUAUCUCCGUUGAUUGUAUGGGCGGAUAGUACGUGGAAGACUGUGAAAAUAAAUGUAAUUGGGACCAAACACAUCCAUUCCCUAGAUGUUGAAAACAACAGCGGCGAAGAUAUCGAGAAGGUCGAAUUCCACGCUCCUCGUGCCCUCAAUGCCGAACCGCAUUUCCUCGUCCAUUAUUCGACAAAAUCCAAAUCAUGGGCAGAGGUAUAUCACACGGACAUUAAAUCCGCAACAAUAUCCAGAGCUUACCAGCUUCCAAUCGUUGGGGAAAGCUCUGUUUUCGCAACGAGUACAAAGGAUGCCAACGUCUACUUUACUCGCGUCACGAAAACCGAUAUCAGUGUGGUCUCUUCUGUCUCUCAUGGGAUCCUUGCUAGAUGGGCUCCGAGUAAAUUAAUCACUGAAAAUGCGCGCCACGCGGUUUCCGAAGUCGUUGCCCGUGGCUCUACAUAUGCCGUCCGAUUUGCCCAGGUUUUGGAGUCUGGCGACUGGAUGCUUGUUCGAAACGGCGAGAUUGUAUGGAACAGACCAGAGACUCUGACUGAAGUUGUAGCGGCAUCCUGGGCUGAUGUCAAUGGUGGGGAGAAGCUUGCCCAAGCGCUGGAAGUUGAGGGCCAUGAAUCGUUAGUGGGAGCAUAUAUCCAUCGCCUGAAACGGCAUGCGGAGGAUCUGGAGGGUUUGCCUACCUGGCUCCGCGAAUUACCUGUUCGCAUCCUAUCGAGUUUUAUGACGAGCGAUAGUUCAGAUUUAAACAGCUUCGGCUUGGGGAAAUUAGUGGUUGUCGCUACACGGAAAGGUUACGUCCUGGCCAUAGACUACGCGAAUAAGGGCAAAAUUUCAUGGAAAACAAAGGCCGUCGAAUCCCUCGAUGUUGACUGGAAGGUGAAAGCGAUCAGUGCUGUUCAUUCUGUCGCGACAGUAUAUGUCGAAGACGGCAGCUUUGUUAAGGUCAAUGUCUCGUCAGGAGAGGUUAUCGAACGCGGCAAUCCUUCUGAAACCCUUGAAUCCAUAGCAUUGAUACCCAAUGCUGGGAAUCCAGUUCCCGUUCGCGUCCAAGCUGGUGGUGUUCCCGAUCUAUCCUCAGUACCUUUGGACAGCAACACAUUCGUUGUAACGCUCAACGAAGGUCGAGUACUCGGCUGGAACUCAGCGAGUCCCAAGGUGCCCCUUUGGGAAUUUUUACCUGCUCAAGGCGAGAAACUUAUUAAUGCUAUAGCCCGCCCGUCUCACGACCCAGUUGCAUCGAUUGGAAAGGUGUUAGGGGACCGGUCUGUUCUUUACAAAUAUUUGAACCCGAACCUUGCUCUCAUCACCGCCGCUGGGGAUUCGACGGCUAGCUUCUAUCUCCUCGAUGCUAUAUCUGGACAGGUCCUUCACUCCAUCACCCAACCGGGCGUCGAUACCAGCCAACCCAUUGCCACAGCUCUUUCCGAAAAUUGGUUCACUUACUCUCUCUGGGCUGAUGUAACCAAUAGUUCGGAAUCAAAGGGCUACCAGCUGGUGAUCUCCGAACUCUACGAGUCCCCUAACCCCAAUGACCGCGGCCCUCUAGGUGACGCUGCAAAUUACUCCAGCAUCCAUACAGACUCCGGUAUUCCCCGGCCUCACGUAAUCUCUCAGGCCUACAUAAUCCCCGAACCCAUCUCAAGCAUGGCUGUCUCUCAGACCCGCCAAGGUAUAACAACCAAACAGUUACUUUGCGCCCUGCCAGCCUCUAACAGCAUCAUCGGUAUCCCGCGCCAACUCCUAGACCCCCGACGUCCAAUGGGUCGCCCGCCAACGGCGAAAGAGGUGGAGGAGGGUCUCAUACAAUAUGGCGCUUUCCUAGACUUUGAUGGCAGAUGGUUCCUCACGCACUCGCGCGAGGUUAUUGGUGUUCGCGAUAUUGAAUCGAGCCCGACUUUGCUAGAAAGUACUAGCCUUGUUUUCGCCUAUGGACUGGAUAUAUUUGGCACGAGGAUCACUCCUAGCCAGGCCUUUGAUAUUUUGGGCAAGGGAUUCUCGAAGGUACAGUUGGUGCUGACCGUUGUUGCGCUGGCGGUUGGUGUUGCGAUGCUGGCUCCUCUGGCCCGACAGAAACAAGUGGAUAUGAAAUGGAAGUCUUGA